AUGUCCCAGUUUCACCUUCAAGAAUCAGCGCCGGAUACGACGCCAAAAGUUAAAGAACAACCUCGCAAGAACGCAAUUCCUGUACCAUUCAGUUAUUAUCCCAGUGACGAUGGAACAGAUCACAAUUUGUUGAUUCUUCUACACGGACUUGGUGCUUUCCAGUGGUAUAAAUCCUUCGACCAACUGGGCGACAUGAUCGAGAACCCAAACCCAACGCCUGCUCUCGAGUUGAUGAAGAAAGUCAUCGAUCACCUCGUCCAGGACUUGCAUUGGUCCCUGAACCAAAUCCACCUGUUUGGUUUUGCUCAGGGAGGGAGUGUCGCUGCUGAAUACGCUCUCUUGAGAUGGAGAGAACAGCUACGAGGACAGGAAGCAGGAGCCAGCCCUCCCGCAACGUCCUUUGGCUCGUUAGUAACGGUAUCAGGGUCUCUGAUAUCCUAUCCGACGAUCGCGAACCUAUCUCCAACACCGACCUUGGUCGUAUACCGCUCUGCACCGGCUGAAGACGCCCUCCAACCUACUGCCGUUAGAGCGUUCAAGAAAGGCUUCCAAUCCGUCUCUGAAGCCAAACUAGGAGGUAAUCGUUCCGGAAUGCCAGCUUCGAAGGAAGAGUGGGAGCCAAUCAUGAAGUUUUGGAGUGAGAAGUUAUCGAGAAGGAAGAUGGAUGGCUUGUACGAGGUGAUGAGUGGAAUGUCGACUUGA